AUGACUAUCGACUGCUUCUUCAAAUCAAACCCGACGUUUAGCUUUGAGGCGCUGCGUGCCGCGGGCUAUAGCAACUACGGCGGCGCAGACCUUGCCGAGGUGGUUGCCAUCUGCGCGCGCAUAAGCCCUGGCAACGAGGACGACUGGGUGCGCGGGUGGCAAAAGGCUGCCGAGCGCGCCGCUUCACAGGCAGAGCGCUCCGCCUCAGUCAAGAACAACGAGAGCGCAAGGCAAGCUUACCUGCGCGCAUCCAACUACUUCCGCACGGCGGAGUUCUUCCGACGGGAGGAUUAUGACAAGGACGAACUAGCACAGUUCUUGUACGCGAGUUCAGAGGAGUGCUUUGAAAAGGCCAUGGCGUUGUCCGAGUACGCCUACGAAGCAGUCGCCAUCCCGUACGAGGAGACGACGCUGCCAGGCUACUUUGUCGCCGUGGACAAGACGGCGAAGCCGCGCAAGACCAUCGUCUUCAACGGCGGCUACGACUCGACCAGCAGCGAGGGCUGGUUCGCGAUCGGGGCGGCCGCGCUGGCCCGGGGCUACAACUUCCUCGCCUUUGACGGUCCCGGCCAGGGCGGCGCCAUCCGCAACCAGAAGCUGCCCUUCCGUCCGGACUGGGAGCGCGUGCUCACGCCCGUCCUCGACCACGCCCUCGCCCGCGCGGACGUCGACCCCGGCCGCCUCGUCGUCUUCGGCUGGAGCAUGGGCGGCUACCUAGUCGCGCGCGCAGCCACACGGGAGCACCGCGCAGCGGCGCUGAUCCUCGACGACGGCGUGCUCGACUUUGGCGCCGCCUUCCGCGCCCGGCAGCCGGCGUUUGUGCAGCGGCUGGUCGAGCAAGGCUACGACGGCGUGUGCGACUGGCUGUCUGGCGUGAUGGCGGCGAUGGACACGGGCGUCCGCUGGGCGCUGCGCAACGGGCGGUGGACGAUGGGCGUGCGCUCGGCGUCGGAGCUGGCGAGGGCGACGAGGGCGUACACGCUGGUCGGGAGCGGCCAGGACAUCAAGACGCCGUGCCUGGUGAUGGACGCGGAGAACGACCACUUCCUCAAGGGUCAGCCGGAGCUGCUGCGCGAGACGCUGACGUGUGAGAACGAGUUUGUGAGCUUGAAGGCGGAGGAGGGCGCGGACACACACUGCCAUCAAGGCGCUUUCUUCCGGACGCACCAGGUCAUCUUUGACUAUCUUGCAAAGCGUAUCGGGGUGAACGGUGCGUGA